AUUAUGACAAUCUAUUGCACUUAGGGCACGACCGACUACUCACCGCAGACCACAUCCAUGCGUGCCAUCAUCGCCUUUUUCUGGUUCUGCAUGCUCAUCAUCGAGGCCGCUUACACGGCCAAUCUGGCAGCCUACCUCACCCUGCAGCAGAUAGACGACCGGAUCAAAACCGUGCACGACCUGGCCGGCCAGACACAGCUCAAGUACGGCCUGGAGAGAGGGAGUGACGUCAUGCACUAUUUCAAGACUCAACGAGAAGACCCAUACGAACGUAUGUGGGCCUUUAUGAAACUCCACGAGAAAGACUCUCUCCUGACUAACACCACUGAGGUCAUCGCAAAGGUCAAGAAGGGCAAACUGGCUUUCAUCUCUGAUGGCGUCACCAAUGGCUACUACGCCAACCAGCACUGCGGGAUUGAAUCAAUUGAGCAGAACUUUGGCAGCAAAGAUUUCAGUCUUGGAUUUCCGAGAGGGGCCCCCUACCUCGAUGACAUCAACAGAGCUCUGCUGGAGCUGAAAGAAGAAGGCGUCCUGGACACUCUCAAGGAAAAGUGGUGGUCAGCCGGUCAGAACUGUACGGAAGAUGACGACACUAGGUCCAUCAGCCAGAAGACGACGGCAGAGCUAGAGCUGACCAACAUGAUCGGCGUCUUCAUCGUUCUUGGAGUGUUCAUCGUCAUUGCCAUCAUUGUCGACAUCGGAGAGCGAGUGUACAGGAUGAAGAACAAGAAGAAGAACAAGCAGGGGGAGACUGUUGAACUGAACCAAUCAAUGGACAGUACGAACGUGUUAGAGAAUCAGUUUGUCCAGUGACAUCUGCGGGUUUCAUGUCGACCUCUGACCUUCGUUGACUUCUUCUGAUCUUCCCCGACACGCAAAUUUUGGUGUGCUCCAUCUCCAACGGUCAUUAUCAACGGACUUCUCUAAGAACAGACUUGGGAUAACAAGAGCAAAACAACAGCAACGGUUAUUAUUUUUGUUGUUGUUAAACACUUUUGAAAGUAUACACUGAUAAUAUUUAUUCCACAAUUUGGCAAUGUACAUUAUGUUUGAAUUUGUUUUUAUGGCACAAGGAAUACUAUAAUUAGCAUCCGAAUACAAAUAAACACUUUUUCUUGUCUGGCUUCGAUAUGUAAUAUAUGAAAUGUCAGCUUAUUUAGAAUGGGGCCAUGCGGGACCUUUGAAGUAAGGAUAACAAACAAACGCCACCCCCCCCCUUUCGACCCGGCCCACUGACAUUUCAAUUUUAUCGAUAUUUUCUUAAAUGAAUUGAGCUUUUCCACAAAUAUUGAUUGUUUAGCCCAUGUAAGACAUUGCCAUGUGUACUUUGUCGAUCGAUUUAGAACAUGCAACUGCACAAUGAGUUAAAUUAUAGCCUCGAGCAAUAAGAAAAGGGGAAAGGCUUUUCUUGCCUUGCUCAUGGCGCUACCACUUGAAAAGACAACGGAGUUAUUCACAGUUUGAAUAUCUUAAAGUCUAGCUCAAAUCGAAGUGUACGUUAUCCCCCCUAUAAAAAAAACCCAACAACUAAACAAAACAAAUCAUCCACUCCCCCUUAAAAAAACAAACCCAGAAAAAACAAACGAACAACUAAAAAUGCAACAAAAACAAUGUAUGGCGUAGCCUAUACUUGCCGACCCAAGAGUUACAAAGUUCUAUAUCAGGAUUCUUAGAGUGUUUGGAAUGAGAGUGUUUGGGGAGCUUUCCUUGAUUCCCUCUAUAUCAUAUUAUAGUUAAAACACAUAUUCUCUUCGUUGUUUGAUAAAUCAUGUUAAUUUUGUUCUUCAUCCACGAGAGAUAUUGAGUGUGGAAACUUUGAAUUUAAGUAUGUCAUAUGCAAAGGUAACUUAGAUAAAACUGCGUUUUUCUGGGGUCUUGACUUGUAGAUCUUAAGAGACUAUUGUCCUCAGCGUUAUUUAUAGAACACAUCUCACCCACGCUGUAAAAUUGAUAUCACAACUUCUUUUUCAUACAAUCUACUUAAUUACAAUAUACACUUGUAAAACGUCAAUUUAAGCCCUGCCCCCUCCCUUAUUCAGAGCUUACUCGGCCUAGUUCGAACACAACACUAUUGUGGGGCAUCCUCUCUCGUAAAAUGGCAUUUGACUCUCUUUUCAUAAUUGGUGAAAGGGACUUUUUACUUAUACAAAGAAAAUUUAAAAAGUGGGGAGGGGGGGGGGGGGGAGGGGAGGGGAUGUUGAAAUUCUCUUUUACCCAUAAAUAAGUCGUUUUUUUAACGCAAUUCUGCCUUGACAAGUACGUAGAAUUUGGGCUCAAGUUGCUGAGAGUUAAAAUGAGCUAAAGCUCACAGAUAAUGUCGGGAAUGAUUUCAGUGACAAGACGCUUUGGUGAGUCAUCACGGGAGUUCCUUGAAAAACGAAGCACGAUAACCUUACCUCAUAAAGAGGACCCUGCACAAAGAAUACCGGUAAUGUCGCAUUGGUUGCCUGGAUUGGUGUGAUAUUGUGUGAUAUGAAACGUAAACAAAUUGCUGUAGGUGUAUUUAUAAUAAUAUGUAUAUAUGUAUUUAUGUAUUCAUAUGUGUAUCUCUGCCAUUGUGAACUAGAUUUCCCUCAAGGGGUGGAUGCUACUUGAAUUUCAUUUCCUUUGAAUUGUAUUAUUUUACUUUGUUAACUAAACUUAAUUGGGAAAAAAACAACUAAAAAAAAACAAACAAAAAAACAACCAAACUUUAAAAAAAUCUGCAAACUCAAACUAUUUCUUUUUAAUGUAGGUGUUUUACAUCCCAGUAGACACACUUUAGACCACU